UUUAGGGAGUAAAAGAUCGAUGAUGAAAGGAGAAAUAAACAACUCCAUCAUGGUAUGGAGUGUAGCAACAAUAUUGUUUUGGUAUAGCUACAAAAUUGGGAAGAAUGUACCCAAAGGCAUAAGAAGACUUGUAGCCCUUUUUCCACCAAUAAUCAUCCUCCUCCUUCUCCCUAAGAGGCUUACCAAUGUGCAUCUCAUAUACAUUUUUUCAUUCUCUCAUUCUUGGCUUUCCACUUUUAAGCUCCUCCUUUUCUCCUUUGCCAAAGGUCCCCUCUCAUCAAACCCUCCUCAUUGUCUCUCUCAUUUUCUCUUCCUUGCCGCCCUUCCCAUCAAAUUCCAACACAAAAUUGACAAUCAAAUAAAACUCCCGUCUUUAAAUUGGUUCGACUUUGUAGUCUUGUCCAUUCUCGCAUAUUUUUUUCUUCCAAGCUACGAGAACAAACAAAGUUUCCAUCAAGUAACAUUCAUGUGUUUACACUUGUACUUUGGAUUGGAGAUAUUUCUUUUCUUGAUUACUGCAAUCACUCGUAAACUUCUGCAAGUAGAGUUGGAGAAACCUUUCGAUAAACCCUAUCUAAGUACAUCAUUGCAAGACUAUUGGGGAAGAAGAUGGAACAUUAUGGUCACGCGUAUCCUACACACUAGCAUAUACGAACCAAUGUUGAAGGCAUUUAGCCAUGUCAUAGGGAGAAAAUGGGCCCCAAUCCCUGCUGUCCUGGUUACAUUUAUGGUGUCGGGGUUCAUGCACGAACUGAUGUUCUAUUACAUGAAGCACGACACCACAUGGAAGACUUGGGAACUAUGUUGGGAUUCGAUAUGCUUCUUCCUCAUCCAUGGGGUGUGUGUGGCUCUCCAAAUUGCAUACAAGAAGAUUUUCAAACCGAAACACGACAUACUCCCUAGGGUUGUGUCUUGCACCCUCACAAUGGCAUUCGUUAUAUUCACUGGAAUUUGGCUUUAUAUUCCGGCUCUAAUUAGGUGUGGUGUAAGUUUCACACAAAAAAGCUAGAUUUUCAAUUGCAGCAUAUCAACGGACUUGAAACCACGGUUGUAACUACUUCACGCUAUAAAGGAUCUCAAGCACAUAUCUUUGAUCGGAUAAUUCUUGUUCUGGUAGUCAGAUUUUACUUUAUUUAAUCUCAGCCAUCAGAUUUGAUCAGACGGUAAAAAACAGUUACUACAUCACGUAGUAACUGUGGAUAAUCCAAACUCAUAUCAACAACUUUAUUUUGCAUUAUUUUUAUAUCUUUUGCUAAAAUAUUAUGGCAUGUGGUAUCUUUCGAACCCAAAAAUGCCUCUAAAUAUUGUUGUGGCCAGGGAGUUGUAUUCUCCUCCUAUUGAAAGUUAUCUUGCAUUCCCUUAUAUUUCUUGUUAUACUGUACACUUGCGAUUCGUUUUUUUUUUUUUUAC